UGGCCCACGAAGUGGGCCAGCCUCGAUUUCGAGCCGAAAAACAUUUGCACGGCCGUGAGGGGAACCUUGGGGAGCGGAGCUUGCGGCUACAACAGUUACUGUGAACUGGAGGACGGUCAAUACCGCGUUUGCAAGUGUCCCCCGAGGUACAUUUUCCUGGACCCGUCCGACGAGACCAAAGGGUGCGUUCCUGACUUCGCUCCGCAGGACUGUCGUCUCCCGGAGGAAAUCGAUGCGUUCGAUCUCGCGGCGAUGCCCAAGGUGAACUGGCCGCAAUCCAACUACGAGACUUUCGAGGUUGAGACGGAGGAUGUGUGUCAGCAAUCCUGUCUGAAGGAUUGUCGGUGCACUUUGGUUGUCUACAACAGAGGAUUUUGCUUGAUGAAGAGAAGUCCUUUGUCGAAUGGAAGAGUGGAAGACGCGAUGCCCGGGAGAUCGUUGAUCAAAGUGAGGAGAUUGUCUUCAGUUCCGGUUGAGAAUGAGGAGAAGGAGAAUGGGCAAGCUUUGUUCAUUGUUGGGUCGGUGCUUUUGGCCACUUCAGCCUUUGUUAUCCUCUUGUCAGCCACAACCUUCAUUCUUUUAUCCAGGCAGAAGAAGAAAAAGGAUCAAGAAAGAGGAGGCAAAGAUGGGGAGAAUGAUUGGUUAUCUAGGAACCUUCAAAAUUUCUCGUACCGUCAGCUAGAACUAGCCACGGGAGGGUUUAACGAAGUGCUGGGAAGUGGCGCCUCUGGAACGGUUUACCGAGGGGUUCUACCGAACCAACAGCUCGUUGCGGUGAAAAGGCUGGACAACGCGGUGAGCCAAACUCAGGACCGGGAGUUCGAAACCGAGGUGAAAGUGAUCGGCGGAACUAACCAUAAGAACCUGGUAAAGCUCGUGGGUUUCUGCAACGAAGGGUUGCACCGGGUGCUGGUUUACGAGUUCAUGAGCAAUGGGUCGUUGGACAAGUUGUUGUUCGGAGGAAGAGGUGGUAAUUCGAGGCCCGGUUGGUACACAAGAACGGGGGUAGCUUCUUCGGUGGCUAGAGGGAUAGUGUACUUGCACGAGGAGUGCAGUACCCAGAUCAUCCACUGCGACAUCAAGCCACAAAACGUCUUGCUGGACGAGUCGAUGACCGCCAAAAUCGCGGAUUUCGGAUUGGCCAAGCUUUUGAAGGUGGACCAGACGCGAACAAUGACCGGAAUCAGGGGCACGAAAGGUCAUUCCAUCCAUCCAUCAAUGGCGUCCUUCGAAUAUUUGACGAUGUCCUUUCUCCUCCUCCUCCUGCCCUUCUUGGUCACCCCCCAAAGUAACCGCAACGUAUCACUGGGUUCAUCCCUCACCGCCGCUGCUUCAAACGCUCACUGGGUAUCCCCGUCCGGCGAUUUCGCGUUCGGGUUUGAGCAGGUUGGCAAUGGCACCCAUGAUGAUGGCGGCUACUUGCUCGCCGUGGUGUUCGACAAAAUUCCCGAGAGAACCGUGGUCUGGUCCGCCAAUCGCAACAACUUGGCCCCCCGCGGGUCCAAGGUCGAGCUCACCACCGGCGGCCGCUUGGUCCUCACCGACCCAUCAGGCCGCCAGAUCUGGACUCCCGACACCGGCGAACGAGCAGCUUCCCACGCCGCCAUGCUGGACACGGGCAAUUUCGUACUGGCAGCGGCAGCCAAUGUCGUCUCGUCUGUGUGGGGGAGCUUCCAGGACCCGACGGAUACUCUGCUCCCGACCCAGGCUCUGGAGCGAGACACCCAGCUGAUAGCUAAGUAUUCGAAAUCGAAUUACUCCGAGAGCAGAUUCAAGUUCAUCAUGCAGGAUGACGGGAAUUUGGUGAUGUACACCACACAUUACCCCGAGUCGCGGGCCGAUCAAUUUGCUUAUUGGGUAACUCGGAAUUACAUACGGGCAGGCUACAGUUUGGCACUCAACCAAUCUGGGUUCCUGAACCUGCUCGCCGCCAAUGGAACCGUGCUCGACACCGUGUUCAACGGCGGUGGAUCUAGCCAAGAUUUUUAUCACCGGGUGACCUUCGAUUACGACGGGGUCUUGAGGUACUACGAGCACCCAAAGAGGAACGACAUGAGUAGCAGUACUGAUCAUGCUUCCACGUCGGACGGCGGCAGCGUGCCACCGGACAUUUGCACAGCCAUCGGGGGCCCGCUGGGCAGUGGAGCUUGCGGCUACAACAGUUACUGUGAAUUGGAAGAUGAUAAUCGUCGCGUUUGCAAGUGCCCGCCGAAAUAUGUGUUUCAGGACCCAUCCGACGAGAGCAGAGGGUGCGUUCCGGACUUCGAUCCGGAGGACUGCCGCCAUCCACAGGAAAGCAACAAUAAUAAUGAUGCAUUAUUCGUUCUUGCGGCGAUGCCCAAGGUGAAUUGGUCGGAAUCUAACUACGAUUCUUUCCCGUCCGAGACAGAGGAGGCGUGUCAACAAUCUUGCCUGAACGAUUGCCGCUGUGCUUUAGUAACCUACAGCAGAGAAACCUGCACGAUGAAGAGAUCCCCUUUGUCCAAUGGAAGAGUGGAAGAUGCAAUGUCCGGGAAAUCGUUGAUCAAGAUAAGGAGAUCUAACUCCACCACCUCCUUGGCGCCAGAGUAUUUUCCAGUUCCAAAGGAGGAGGAGAAAAAUGGGCAAACUUUGUUCGUUGUUGGGUUGGUGCUUUCAGCCUGUGCGACUUUUUUUAUCCUCUUCACUGCCGCAACUUUCAUGCUCCUUACCAGGAGAAAGAUGUUGAUGAAGAAGAAGAAGGAUCGAGAAAGCGGUGUCAAAGACGUUGUUCUCCAAAGACAGAACGAUUGGUUAUCUAGGAACCUUCAACACUUCUCACACUGUCAGCUAGAGCUAGCGACGGGAGGGUUCACGGAAGUGUUGGGAAGUGGUGCCUCGGGAACGGUUUACAGAGGUGUUCUGCCGCCGGACCAACAACUCGUCGCGGUGAAAAGGUUGGACAAGGCGGUUACCGAAGCUCAGGAUCAGGAGUUCAAAACCGAGGUGAAAGUAAUUGGCGGAACCAAUCAUAAGAACUUGGUGAAGCUCGUUGGCUUCUGCAACCAAGGGUUGCAUCGACUUCUAGUUUACGAGUUCAUGAGAAAUGGGUCGUUGGCGGAUUUGUUGUUUGGAGAAGGUCAUUCAAGGCCUAGUUGGUACACAAGAGCGGAGAUAGCUUCCGCGGUCGCAAGAGGACUGUUUUACCUUCACGAAGAGUGCAGUACCCAGAUCAUCCACUGCGACAUCAAGCCGCAGAACAUCCUGCUAGACGAGUCGAUGACGGCCAAAAUCUCGGAUUUCGGACUCGCCAAGCUCCUCAAGGUGGGCCAAACUCGGACCCUAACCGGAAUCAGGGGUACCAAAGGGUAUUGCGCUCCGGAGUGGUUCAAGAACAUGCCCGUCACGACUAAAGUUGACGUGUAUAGCUUCGGCAUUCUGCUCUUGGAGCUGGUUUGUUGCAGAAGCAAGCUGGAAAUGGAGGCGGAAAAUGAGGACGAAGUGGUUCUUGCCGAUUGGGCAUAUGAAUGCUACCAGGAAGGGCAAGUGUCGAGGCUGGUGGAGAGCGACAACGAUGCAAUGGCUAAUAUUGGAAAGGUUGAGAAAUUCGUCAAGGUCGCGAUAUGGUGCAUUCAGGAUGAUCCGUCGCUGAGGCCUGGAAUGAAUAAAAUCGUUCGUAUGUUGGAAGGCUCCGUUCAAAUUCCUAUCCCUCCAGAUCCUGCAUCCUUCAUGAGCACUGUCUAG